AUGGAUAUUUCCGAAGACAUGUCUUUGUGCCCCUUCCCAAAGCGGGAUCCGGAGUUGGGGGAUAAUGGCAUCCACGGCGAGGCCGAUUAUCCUCAAACCAAGCGGCUCAGGCUUGACGAGCAUCUCGUCAACACGUCCAGCUCCAAUUCGGGCACAGCAACUCCUUGUGGAUCUUCUGGUAUGGAGUAUCACCAUCAUGCGCUACAGCAGGUCCACUGUCGCGGCCAACUUCCUCUCCCAUAUACCCAGGCUACCCAAAGAAGACAACCACCUCCCAGUCCGGCGAUCGCGCUUUCUUUUCUUUGUUUCCUACACCCCUUCCUUUCUCCGACAAUCUCUCACGAUGCAAGAACAGAAUUUCCAGGACCGCAAGUGCUUCAACAUAAUCUCUUACCUUCACACCCACUUCAAGUAUCUGCCCUGCAAGAGAGCGAUCUCAAUGUCCAGAAUUUGCAAAGGAUUCAAGAGUAUGAGACAGAUCGUAUAGUAUGUUUUGGAAUGUUAAGAAACAUCCAAAUACGAAUCAAUCACGUUCAAGAUCCGCAAUCUCUAUGCUUCGAUGAAAUUCUAGGGGAUACGGGAGACUUCGCCUCGUUAGAUCUCUUCAUACAGGAUGACCGUUGUGAUAUUGUAUCAAAACAAGGGAUUUAUAUCGCAACGCUGAAUACCAGAACCCAACAUGCACUCAGCUCUAUAAGGUUACCAGAGGCCCCAACCUGGCUGGGUGUGAUACCAAAGUUUGAGCUCCAGCAGAGAAUAAAAUCUGUAGCAGAGUCUUCCGCUACUGCUCAGUGGUCGUCGAAGGUGACAUGUACAAUGUCCGUCCUCGUCAUCGGCUCCCCUUCCAUCGCGCAGGCCCUGGCAAGAGAACUCGCCCAGCACCAUUUAUUCCUGCAGCAUCCUGAACCGAAGCCCGACCUUGAGUACAGCAAUCCCCAAUACCUGUCCUGGGCGGGAGCGCCGUGUCUCGACCGGCCGAUCCUACCGCCUAUAUUGGGGAUCGCCAAACAGAACGAUACAGACGGCCUCGACGUGCUGGGUAGAGAAGGCCAAGGCCAUGAUAAUUGCGAUUAUGAUGACGAUGAUGCUCGAGCGAUUCUUGAUGAUUUUCCGCAGCAGGCUUUGCGAAACGAGAUAGACGUGGACAACCGUAUUCGAACAAAGCUUGAAGGGCAUCAGCGGGAAGCAGUCGACUUUAUCCUAUCUCGAGAAUCAGCCUAUUCUCGAACUAAGAACACACUGUGGCGUCUUGAAAGUUGGGAUUGGAAAGAGCAUGUGUAUAAGCACAUAAUCACUGGCACGAGAAGUAGGGAGCCCGUGGACAUUCGUGGCGGGAUUCUUGCGGAUGAUAUGGGUGUGGGAAAGACUCUCAGCAUGAUUGCCAGCAUAGUGACAUCCCCACCCAGUGAUAUAACAACGUUGGAAAAACCGGCAGACUCAAAUUUUAUUUUUGCAAAAUCCACACUUGUUGUCGUGCCUUCUGUUUUAUUGCUGCACGGUUGGAUUGACGAAGUCAAAAAGCACCUCAUUCCCGGGGCCCUGAAAUUUUAUAAAUAUCAUGGCCCAGGUCGUUGCAUCUCUUUGUCGUCGCCCCCUUCAGAUGAUAUCAUUCUCACAACUUAUGCCACUGUUGAAGCGGAUUUCAGUAGCAGCGGCGGGAAAAGUGUACUUAACAGGAUUCACUGGCACAGGUUGAUACUCGAUGAAGCUCACGUUAUACGAAACGCCUCCACGAAACAGUUCAAGGCGAUCCAGCGCAUUUCGGCCUCAAUUCGCUGGUGCAUGACAGGGACACCCAUACAGAAUUCGCUCAAGGAUCUGGCGUCGCUCGUUCAGUUCCUCCGCAUCCCGUACUUGGACAGCGUUGUGGGCUUCCGCAAAUACAUGACAAAAGCGUCGUCUAGAUCCGCUCGUAGUGUCCAACCUAACUACGCCAACCUCAAGUGUCUUCUCUCAGUCAUCUGCCUAAGACGUAAAAUGUCAACGGUAUUUCCGGCUCUCGGGGGCACUUUCAUCACAUAUCGUCCGUCGUUCUCGGAGGCCGAACGCAGAGUCUACGAUGAGCUGAUCAAGGCUUACGACAGGCGGCUUAAAGCUGCAACAAACAUGCCAACCUCGAAAGGACGAGCAGAUAAGCUGAUUCUGACAGCUAAAUUGCGGUUGCGCAUGUUUUGCAACACCGGUCUGAGAAGUGUGUUUCUGGGCGGAAGGGCUGAUUAUGGCAGUGACGCUCAGAAGUUGUCUUCAGACGAAAUAGUCACGCUACUGCAGCAGAGUGGCCAGAAUACGUGCUCUAUCUGUAAUAUGGAGAUACUCACGUUAGAUCCGGAUGACGAUGACGAAGGUAAGAGUACAACGCCCUCGUUGGAUACCUGGCUCUCAUCCAGUCACCACCGUGUGCUGGAAUGCCAAACAUGUGCUUGUCUAAAGGCAAGUCUGAGGGAGGAUGAACAGAGUUCAAAUGACCUUCAGAGUUCGACUGCAAUAACAACUACAACGAUUACAACAUCCGAUGAUAAAAUGAUCGACAGUGAGGAGACCAUUAGCACUGAGCAAGAUUUGCUCUAUCCUAUAGAUCCUCCACAGGCCAGCGAUGUAUAUCCUUCAAAAUUAAUGACUUUACUCACGGAUAUACGAGAACACUAUUUGGAGGAUAAGAGCAUAGUCUUCUCUUUCUGGAGACAAAGUCUCGAUGUUUUGAGUGGAAUGUUCGACCAAAACGGCAUUGUAUUUUGCCGAGUCGAUGGCAUCAUGAGUCCGAUGAAACGGCGGACUAUGCUGGAGGAGUUCCAGAACAAUCCAGCUGUCCGGGUGCUUUUGAUGACUAUAGGGACGGGUGCUGUAGGCCUAAAUAACUUGUCCGUCGCUAGCCGGGUUCAUAUACUGGAACCGCAGUGGAAUCCGUCAGUGGAGAGUCAGGCAAUUGGGCGCGCAUUGCGUUGGGGCCAGGGAAAGAAGAUUUUUGUUAUUCGCUAUGUGAUGGAGGGGACAGUUGAAAAGAUAAUCGAGAGUGGUCAGUUACGAAAAUUGCAGCUCUCAUUGGAUGGGCGCGAAAUACGGUAG